AGUAAUAACAGACUCGCUUUACUCACAGCCUAUGAGGAUGUCAUCAACGAGAAGACCUCCACCGACUGGGUUAUGCUAUGUGAUUCAACAUAUACCGGUGUCUAACAGAAGAGGUCUGAUGAACUCUUUAAUAAGGAGGAUAAGCUUUGUUAUGAUGCACAACCGUUUGUUUCUACAACGAAUGGACUUCAUUGGAUGUUUGUGAUCUACAGAAAACAUGUAUCCCACAUAUUCGGAAGCUUUUCAAGUAGCAUUAGCACAGGUGAUGUGCUAGGGGAGGUAAUUUAUUUGUGCUCAGCAGGGCCCUGUACACUUAUGAAGAUAACACUGACAACCUGAAAUUAGCGGAUUCAGGAGCGGGUGGUCUGCAGGAAAUCGCCACAAAGUUUGACAAUCAAAGUGUGAUGUAUGGAUUCUGUAGCAUCAAGGACUCUGGUUCUGGUCUGCCCAAAUAUGUCCUGAUAAACUGGGUGGGUGAAGAUGUGGAUGAUCAUCGAAAAUGCACAUGUGCUAGUCAUGUUCCCACAAUUGCAGACUUCUUCCAGGGGGCAAAUGUUAUUGUUAAUGCCAGCAGUCCUGAGGAUGUGGAUUCCACCGCUAUCCGGCAGAAAUUGACUAAUGGCACGAUGCACGUUUCAAGCCCAGUCUUGCGCCGACUCCACCUUAAAGAGGAUGAAGACUUGUUGGGUCCAGUGGGAACAACAUACCAAAAGACCAAUGCUGCAAUUGAAAUGAAACGAAUCAACAGAGAAUUAUUCUGGGCACAAGCAAAGAGAGAGGAGGAGCUGAGAAAAGAAGAAGAGCGCAAGAAAGUGAUUGAAGAAAGAGAAAAAUUUGAGAGAGAGAGAAUGGAGCAAGAGAAAAAAGAGCAAGAAGAUAGAGAACAAAGAUACAGAGAACGAGAGAAACAGAUUGAGGAAGAAAGGAAAAAACUACAAGGCCUGGAAGUCAAUGAAAUCAAAGAUGUAUUGAGCCAGAACAGCAACAGGGAAGCACAGAGAGAGGGAAUGGAAGAGGAUGAAGAGAACAGAGGACCCAAGAUCAGUGAUUCAGCAGAGAAAGCAGCAGAAGCUGCCGCCCUUAUUGCACUGAGAGAUGGAAAUCCGAGGGAAUUUUUUAAGCAGCGAGAAAGAGCUAUGACAACGAGUUUUGAGACUUCACAUAUUUCAGGCCAAAGACCAGGUCGAGUGAACAGCCCUUUCCUUAAGAAUCAGAACAGUCUGCCCGAGCGAUCAUGGUCCCCUCCAAGAUCCCCUUGCCCUCGAAUUGCUGCUAGCCAUAGCCCCUUCCAGUCUUACCCCUCAUACUACCAGACGCAGUUUGAAUCCACAAGACAGGAAGAUGUAACAUCCUUCAAUACUCCAGAUCCAAGUAUUGUUGCAACACCGAUAUAUGAGGAGAAUGAAGAGUCUGUAGAGGAAGAAGUUCCAAACUUAAUUCCAGAUGCAGACAAGGCUGCACCUAGCUUUCAAGAAAAGCCACCCAUUCUCUGUGAAGAGCCACUGCCAGCACAGAUUGUGCCAAGCUAUACUGAUGAAGCUGGUCUGGUAGAUGUGGAUGCCCCAAAUCCUGUAUGGCCUGAGGCACCCAGCUUUGUACAUACUGAAGAGUCGGUGCACGUUGAGCAGGGAACUUUCACAAGUACUAAGGAACAAAGCCUUGUGGACAUUGGGAAGCCACAAACAAAUGAUAAUUUACCAGAAAUGAAUGAGAACUUACUGGACCUUUUGGAGGCCAAUGGAAUAGAUCAGCUGCCAUCAGAAUCACACAGUGAGAUAGCAGAGAAGCCACUGAUCAAUACCAGUACUGAUGAAAUGGAAUUGAUUUUGGAUAUGAAAAGGCCGCCACUGGAUGAGACACUUGCAGACAUUGAUGCAAAUAGCCAGCCACUUGUGAACUUGCAGGAGUCGGGGCAGUAUGCGGAAUUAGAGCCCACUGAGCGAGGGAAACAGCAGCAGCCACUGAACAGCGAAGGCAAUGACGAAGACAACUUGCUGUGUUUUGAUAACAAUGAAGGGUUACCAGCGCCACCUCCAGACUGCCUUGAUUCACAGAAUUGGGAGAAUAUUCCAAGCCUCAUAGAGCUCGAAGGCUCACAACAGAUGAGUGAAGACUUUUGCUUUGGGAUGCAGGAAUUGCCCAAGCCCCAGGAUGUAGAGGCAGUUGAAGAUUUUUUUAAUCCACCACAAGAUGAAUAUAUUAAAUUCCAAUCACAUGUAGAGGAAACUGGCAGUAAAAUCCCAGAAAUUGAUAUUACCUAUUGCGACAAUGAUACUGAUACAGACCCGGAUCACUCCCCUGCAGACUGAGUUCAUCCUGUGAAGCUCUUCACUAUGACAAUUAUGCUUCAAGUAAAUUAAAAUGACAAAAACUGCUAAGUUUUAAUUUUAGUCUGUGUUUACUAUUUUUAAUUGUAAUAAUUUGAAUGUAUUAUUUUCUACAUUAACCUUAUUGUAUAUUAAUUCCACUCACAGCUGCUAGGUAUAGUCUGCUGAAGCUGAUAUUAUGUGACUAGCAGUGUUAACUAUCACCAAUUGCUUUUCAAGUACCAUUUUCGAAAGCACAAAUUUUGUGAAAUGCUGAUUGCUGUUGUAUGAAAAUAAACAAUUUCCGAAAAUCCAGUAUUUCAAACAAUAACUCAUUUGUACUGACCUCACAAUCCACCCUUAUUGUUCUUUUCCUGUAGUAUUUCUUCUCCAAUUGGAGAGAUGUGUGGAAAAAAAUACAAGAUGUAAGCUGUCCAUUGAGUAUUUUCACUUGUUCUGGGUUCCAGAUAAACACUUGUAGCUUACAAUACAACAACAAGAUAACCACUUCUGAGUGCUUUAAUGUUAGUUCAAUCCUUGCCUUAACUCAGCUUAUUCUCAUGUAAUAGCAGAAUAGAAUAAAUAAGAAACAAUUUCCAGAAGGAAGAAAGAUAGGGAAGCAAGAAAAAUUUGCACCUUUUUCAAUGUGUCACCAUAACAUGAAGAUAAUGGCUCUUGAGGAAUCAAAUUUGUUAGUAAAUUUAAAAGGGAAUUGAAUACAAUUGACAGAAUAUUGCCUGCAUAGCAAUGAGAAAAGAACAAAGCUUAAGGAUGCUCCUAGAGCCAGUUGAAUUGCUAUUUCGAACAAGAGUACAUUGUUAUUUGUCUUGGAUUUAACUUCUUUGGUA